ACUUGUGGUGCUUUCAAGACAACUGGGAACUGUGACCUUCAGGUCGGAAGUCAGAGUUCUACAAAUAUGCCCGAGUUUCCAGCUUGGAAUUCCGUGUUGGAUGACCAUUCAAAAGAUUCUGCCCAGUCAGAGUUUGUUUUUUCCUAGUUGUCUUGAAUGCACUGUAGUAGGAAGUAGAGAUUUCCGAGUUCCCAGUUGUUUCGAAUGUGGCAUUGGUAGAGACGAAUUUCAUGGGAUUAUCGCGCUAACGUGCACACUAGCCAGCAAACCUUACAAGUGGAGCCGAAAGAUAAUAUCGAUGUCAAAUGGAAGAUACUUUGGAUCAAUUUCUAACGGUGUAGACUGAGAAUAAAUAUACCUGUUACAGAUGAGAGCCUCAGGACCAGCAUAAAGAUCCCCUGAAUUGGGAAGUUUGAACUACCACAUCCUACAACAUACUGGGACAGUAUGGAUUCUCUCCUGAGCUACAGAGGAGGUAGCAGCAGCGGCAAGUGUUUAUGUUGGAGGCUGAUACCAACAUAGCUAUCGACCAUCAGAACACUAAUACAUGUCUCUCUAUAGAGACAUGAGCUGCUGUCCUUGAUCUACAGUGUGUUAUUGUGUAAGCAGGACUAAGCAGUGCACCCACACACCCCCUCCCACCUGGGCACUACGCCAUGUCUCCUCUCUCUGCUUUGGGUGUAUUCUGUGGAUUGUUCCUUCCUCUGUCUCUCAGUGAAUACAACACUCACAACUGUAUCCCACGGAAGAGUGUCCUUUACCAGGACAAUAUGAAGCUGUUCAGAGAGGAAGGGAUUUGUAACUACUCCACCAUGUUGGUUCGAGAGGAUUUGGGCCUGCUGCUGCUCGGGGCUCGAGAGGCUGUGUAUGCCCUGGAUAUCAAUGAUAUCUCCAUCAAGAAGUCAUGGGUGUACUGGCAGGUCACCAAGGAGAAACAGGUGGAGUGCACAUACAAAGGGAAACAUGCUGAAAUCGAAUGCCGUAACUACAUCCGGACGCUGCAUAAAGUGGAUGAUGGCAGAAUGUAUGUGUGCGGGACAAAUGCUUUCAGCCCCACCUGUGAUUACAUGACGUAUUCUGAAGGACAGCUGAGACUAGAGGAAGCGCAGGAGGAGGGAAAAGGGAAAUGCCCCUUUGAUCCCUUCCAGAGAUACUCCUCCAUCAUGGUCGGAAAUGACCUGUACUCUGCUACCUCAAUCAACUUCCUGGGCUCUGAGCCUGUUGUUCUCCGCAGCUCUUCCUCUGCUCUCCGCACCGAGUUCAAGAGCUCCUGGCUCAACGAACCCAACUUUGUGUACAUGGACCUUGUCCCCGAGAGCAAAAACAACCCAGAGGGCGAUGAUGAUAAGGUCUACCUGUUCUUCAGCGAGAACGCCAUGGAGUAUGACUUCUACAACAAGCUCAUGGUGUCACGAGUGGCUCGUGUAUGCAAGGGGGAUAUGGGCGGCCAGCGGACGCUCCAGAGGAAGUGGACGUCUUUCCUGAAGGCUCGUCUGGACUGCUCUCUGCCAGAGUCCAGCCUGCCCUCCGUUGUACAGGAUGUCUUCCUACUCAAAAAUGAUGACUGGAGCAAAAGUGUUUUCUACGCGGUGUUCACUCCACAGUCGAGCUUGUCCGACAUGUCUGCAGUGUGUGCGUACAGUGUGUCAGCUAUCGGAGACGUGUUCAAUAAGGGGAAGUUUAAGACGCCAGUGACUGUGGAGACAUCCCAUGUGAAGUGGGUAAUGUACAGUGGAGAGGUUCCCACCCCCAGACCAGGAGCCUGCAUUAACAAUGUAGCGCGGGGCCUUGGGAUGGAGCGCUCCCUGGACCUGCCAGACAAGACCCUGCAGUUCAUCAGGGACCGACCCCUCAUGGACGAGGCCGUGCGCCCUCUGACCAGGGGUCCACUGCUGGUCAAAAAAGGUGCCAUGUUCACACGCCUGGUGGUGGAUAACGUGCUAGCUCUGGAUGGAGAGAGAUACGCGGUCAUGUUCAUCGGCACAGAGAACGGCUAUGUGCAGAAGGCAGUGAACCAUGCUGGGGAGAUGUUCAUCAUUGAGGAAAUACAGCUGUACCAGACCCCAGAGGCUAUCAGGACGCUACGCCUCUCCUCUAGCACGGGUCAGUUGUAUGCAGGCUCGGAUUUUGGAGCAGUACAGAUGCCUCUGAGUGACUGUGGGCGCUAUGAGUCGUGUCUGGACUGUGUCUUGGGCAGAGACCCUUACUGUGGAUGGGACCUCUCCACUGGCAUCUGCUCUGCUGUCGCCAGUUCAUCCUCUGACACGAAUAUGAUUCAAAGUCUAAAAGAUGGUGAUAUAUCAAAAUGUCCAAAAUCAGAGACUGUGAAGCCAGAGAACUACACCUUAGUCCCUGGGAACAACAUCAAGCUGCCGUGCCAUCCUGCCUCCAACCUGGCUCAGGUACACUGGCUCUUCUUAGGGCAACAGCUGCACGCUGACGCUAAGUAUUACAUCUACAAUGGAGGAAUCCUAAUUCUUAAUGCCUCUGCCUCCGACGCGGGCCAGUACACCUGUGAGUCUGUAGAGCAGGUGAAAAGCAGACCACACACCAGGACUAUGGCAGUCUAUCAACUGCAGCACCACACUAACGCAGAGGAUGAGGAGGCGGCGAGUGAGACGACGACAGAGUCCCCCCAUAGCCACAAUACCCCACUACCAGAAGUGCCACAGACUUUGGAGCCCCCUCUCCCUCCUGAGUCACGGAGUGUAGACAGCAGGGUGGUAGGCCUGCAGGUGGCGGUAGCUCUCCUGUCUCUGAUGCUGCUUGGUCUAGUAGCCUGGAAUCUAUAUAAAAGAAGCUUUAGAAACAGAUCUUCAGAGAACUCAGGUGCGGGCCAGGUGAAAAGGCUGUCAGUUGACUACAUUCAAAAUAGGACAUCAGUGAUUAAGUUGCUGGGACCUACACCCAGUCAUAACGCAAACAAUAACCAUCACACGGUCAUAGCUUUCAAAGGGAAUGGGGAGCACCACUUUUCUCCGGGAGGCAACAUUUCCACUAUGGAUGGGUUGGGUUACAUUGACAACGAGUCAGAGAUCUGACCCUGAGUGUUAACCACUCUCUGGGGUUUGCUCUCUUUCUCUCUCACCAGGCAGCUGAUUUAGGACACUAUGGCAAUGUCAAGCUCUGUACAUUGGACUUGCGAUAGAGGGGAAUGUUUUAUAUUUUUCUAGGAAUUGUCCAGAAAAACAUUUUCCCACCAGGUUGAAUUUAUUUUAUAUAGUCAUGCCAUAAUGCAAAUAUACAGUGAGCUCCAAAAGUAUUGUGCCCAGUAGAAAUGAAUGGUAAAUAAUGCAUUGUUGUGAGUCACUUAUUGUAAAUAUGAAUAGAAUAUUUCUAAACACUUCUAUGUUAAUGUGGAUACAGAUAGUCCUGAAUGAAUUGUGAAUAAUUAGAAAAAGUUACAAAUCAAAUAUCAUACCCACCUUUUACAAUAACAGGGGAGGUUAGCAUUUCUUGGGGGGUAUAUUUGUGCAUCUAACUUUCUCACUCAUAAUUAUUCACAAUUUCAUUCAGGACUAUCUGUGUUUAGAAGCAUAUUUUAUUUUUUAUUUACAAUAAAAGUGACAAAGAUGACAAUACAUUAUUUACCAUUAAUUUCUAUUGGGCACAAAAUUUUCUGAAACACUACCAAAACAAAUAGCAAAUGCAUCCAACAAGUUUGUAGAAAGGGAAAGACCUAGUAAGUUGUACAACUGAAUGCAUUCAACUGAAAUCUGUCUUCCGCAUUUAACCCAACCCUUCUGAAUCAGAGAGGUGCGGUGGGCUGCCAUAAUUCGACAUCCACGUCUUCGGCGCCCAGGGAACACUGGGUUAACUGCCUUGCUCAGGGGCAGAACGACAGUCACAAGCUUGAUGUAAUAAUCAUUGUGUGUUAGGAAUAUGGGAUCAAAUACUGAACUACUUUAAUACACAAGUGAAUUUGUCCCAAUACUUUUGGUCCCCUAAAAUGGGGGGUGGAGGUGGAAGAGAGAGAGAGAGACUAUGUACAAAAGUUCUGUAAUUUCUAAACGGUUCACCCGAGAUGGAUGAAAAUUACCCUCAAAUUAAAUCUGACAUUCUGCACUUCAACCUCAGCCAUUGUAUCAUUUAAAAUUCAAAGUGCUGGAGUGCAUAGCCAAAACAACUAAAUGUGCCACUGUCCCAAUACUGUUGGAGCUCACUGUACUGUGCUAAAUAUUUUGUACAGUUAUGGUAUUUCAAAUAUUAUGUAUUUCUAUUAAAGGCCCAGUGCAGUCAAUGUGAUUUUCCUAUAUUUUAUAUAUACAGUACUUGUCAAAAGUUGACACCUACUCAUUCCAGGGUUUUCCUUUAUUUUUAAUAUUUUCUACAUUGUAGCAUAAGUGAAGAACUCAAAACCAGCUUCAUGAAGUAGUCACCUGGAAUGCAUUUCAAUUAACAGGUGUGCUUUGUUAAGUUAAUUUGUGGAAUUUCUUUCCUUUUAAUGCAUUUGAGCCAAUCAGUUGUUGUGACAAGGUAGGGGAGGUAUACAGAAGAUUGCCCUAUUUGGUAAAAGACCAAGUCCAUAUUAUGGCAAGAACAGCUCAAAUAAGCAAAGAGAAACAAAAGUCCAUCAUUACUUUAAGACAUGAAGGUCAGUCAAUCCGGGAACAUUUCAAGAACUUUGUAACUUUCAAGUGCAGUCACAAAAACCAUCAAGCGCUAUGAUGAAACUGGCUCUCAUGAGGACCGGCACAGUUACCAGCCUCAGAAAUUGCAGGCCAAAUAAAUGCUUCAGAAACAGACACAUCUCAACAUCAACUGUUCAGAGGAGACUGUGAAUCAGGCCUUCAUGAUCAAAUUGCUGCAAAGAAACCACUACUAAAGGACACCAAUAAUAAGAAGGCUUGCUUGGUCGAAGAAACAUGAGCAAUGGACAUUAGACCUGUGGAAAUCUGGCUGAUGAGUCCAAAUUUGAGAUUUUUGGUUACAACCGCCGUGUCUUUGUAAGACGUAGAGUAGGUGAACAGAUGAUCUCUGCAUGGGUGGUUCCCACCGUGAAGAAUGGAGGUGUGAUGGUGUGGGGGUGCUUUGCUGGUGACAGUCUCAUUUAUUUAGAAUUCAAGGCACACUUAACCAGCAUGGCUACCACAGCCUUCUGCAGCGAUACACCAUCCCAUCUGGUUUGUGCUGUGGGACUACCAUUAAUUUUUCGACAGGACAAUGACCCAACAACUCCAGGCUGUGUAAGGGCUAUUUGACCAAGAAGGAGAGUGAUGGAGUGCUGCAUCAGAUGAUCUGGCCUCCACAUCACCAGCCUCAACCCAAUUGAGAUGAGUUGGACCGCAGAGUGAAGGAAAAGCAGCCAACAAGUGCUCAGCAUAUGUGGGAACUCCUUCAAGACUGUUGUAAAAGCAUUCCAGGUGAAGCUGGUUGAGAGAAUGCCAGAGUGUGCAAAGCUGUCAAAGGCAAAGGGUGGCUACUUUGAAAAAUCUAAAAUAUAUUUUGAUUUAACACUUGGUUACUGCAUGAUUCCAUGUGUGUUAUUUCAUAGUUUUGAUGUCUUAUUCUACGAUGUAGAAAAUAGUCAAAAUAAAGGAACUCUUGAAUGAGUUGUGUCCUUUUGACUGGUACUGUAUGUAUAUGUAGCAGAAAAGCUAUAAAUAAAAAGGGUCCUCAGUGGUAUGGGUAAAAAUGUACAAAAAUUAAAAUGUAUAGCAACUGACGUAAUGUCAGUCACUUCACUGGAAUUUGUUUUCCUUCUGGGAAUUUGUUUUUGUUUUACACAAUGACGGACAGAUGAGGUCUGCCUGUCAUAAUGUCCCUGCCAUUAUGAUCUACUGAAAGCUGUGAAUACAGUAUUGGUAUGGCAUUUUGUACUGUAUUUGAUUCUAUUGAAAAUAAAUGCAUACUUUAAAGUA